AUGACCAGUAAUAAGAAGUCCAUUAAACGUCAUAUUUUGGAUAGAGAGUCUUCUUCCAAUAAUGAACCACCAAAAAAUAGCAAUAAGAGCAAUAAACGAAAUAAGUCUGAUGUUCUGAAAGAACAAAAGAAUGAUAGAAAACAAUGUGACUCUAGACCUAACGACCCCAAGUUUAGCAAUUCCGAUCCUGAUGAGAAAAAUCAUUACCAACAGAAGCAACAGAAGCCAAUCCUAAUUGACGUGGAUAAAAAUGAUGAUCAAAUCAGCAUGUUUAUUUAUAUUGUUAUACAUUUUUACAAAAAAUAUUAG